GCAGCGGCAGAGCAGAGAUCUGCGCCGCAGGCUCUGAGCUCCCCAGGCCGGCAGGAGCCUGCCGGGGCCGGCGCUCGGCACCGUCCUGUGCGCGGAGCUCUGCCUCGGCCUCCGCUCUGCGCCCCCCGCGUGUGCCAGGUACUUGUUCUGAUGCGAGGGGGCAACUGAUUUGAGGAAGUAUGGGGGAAGUACAGAGCCUCACAGAAGGACCCAGACAAGAGCUGGGAGGAGAAGCAGCACCCAGAGAGUAAGAUGGAGCAGGCAAAGGGCAGCCUGAAGAAAGAGGAGGAGAAAGAUUUCAAGACAAAGGCUGACAACGAUGAGGGGAAUGAUGACUCUGAUGAUGUCAAGUAUGAGGAGGAGGAUGAGGGUGAGGAUGACCAGCAUGAGGAGGAGGAUGGGUUCAUGUUAGCCCCCCCUGUGCCAGUCAAGCAGCUGCUUCAGUGCCCUGAAUGUGGGCAGACCUUCACGUGCCGCUCCAGGCUCAUUGUUCACCGCCGAUCCCACACCGGUGAGAAGCCUUACAGCUGUGCUGACUGUGGUAGGAGCUUCACACAGAGCUCUAACCUCAUUAAACACCACCGAACCCACACCGGUGAGAAGCCCUUCAGCUGUGCUGACUGUGGCAAGAGCUUCGCGCAGCGCUGUACCCUCAUUAAACAUCAUCGAACCCACACAGGCGAGAAGCCCUUCAGCUGUGCUGACUGUGGCAAGAGCUUCGCACAGAGUUCACAGCUCAUUAUCCACCACCGAAUCCACACGGGCGAGAAGCCCUUCAGCUGUGCUGACUGUGGCAGGAGCUUCACACAGAGUUCACAGCUCACUAACCACCGCCAAACCCACACCGGCGCUCAGCCUUUCAGCUGUGCUGACUGUGGCAAGAGCUUUGCACGGCGCUCUUAUCUCAUUUAUCACCGCCGAAUCCACACCGGAGAGAGGCUUUUCAGCUGUGCCGACUGCGGCAAGAAUUUCAUUUUCAAGUCUGCUCUCACUGAUCACCGCAGCGUGCACACCACUGAGAAAUCCUUCAGCUGCAGGGACUGCGGCAAGAGCUUUAAAACCAGCCAGGGCCUCACCAUCCACCGCCGCAUCCAUACCGGAGAGCAUCUGUACCCCUGUGCAGAGUGUGGGAAGAGUUUCACCACAAGCUUCAAAUUAAUCCAGCACAGACUCAUCCACAGUGGUGAGAAACCCUACAUCUGUGCUGCCUGUGGCAAGAGCUUUACCCACAGCUCGGCCCUCGCCCAGCACCGUCGUAUCCACAGCGGUGAGAAGCCCUUCACCUGCUCUGACUGUGGCAAAAGCUUCACUAACAACUCUGCCCUCAUGCAGCACCGUCGUGUCCACACUGGUGAGAAACCUUACAGCUGCGCUGACUGUGGCAAACGCUUUGCCCAAAGCUCUAACCUCAGCCAGCACCGUCGUGCCCAUACUGGUGAGAAGCCCUUCACCUGCUCCGACUGUGGCAGGAGCUUCACCUGCAGAAGCAGUCUUCGUUACCACCGCCGUACCCACACUGGUGACCAACCCGUACUGCAGGGGAAGCACAAAUAGACCCACCCUGGGUCUGUUGGGGUAAUUGUGCCCCCCCCCCCCCCCGCCCCAAGGUCUUUCCAGCAGAUUGAACCAAAAUCUCCUCUUUUUCACCUGCACUUCUCAGAGACUGGGGGCUCCAGCAGGAACAAACACCUCCUGCCCUGGUGAGCACCAAUCAGUGCUGCUGAGAAUAAUUACAGUGCUGAAUCAGCACAGCUGGAGAUAGCAUUAGAGAUGGGCUGAGCUGUGCAGGGAUUUGUCUGGUUCUUCCCCUAUUCUUUGUGUCUCCCUAGGGUAAAACUCCCUCUGCCCUGUGUCCAGUUAUGUUAAUAAAAGCCCAAAGUGACCCAAA